GUUUAUUUCAAAAGGUCCUUCGAUCAACCCGGAAGUGUAGUUUUCACGUGUGUUUGUUUACACGCCGUGUUACAGUUGAUUUCUGUGUUGUUUUUCAUAUUUAUGAGCUGUUGUAAAUUUGUACCGCAUUUUAAUAAAGACACACACAGAACAGUCGUUUGUUUUUUGAUUAUAAACCAAAGAAGAUGAAGGUUGUCGCGCUUAUAAGUGGGGGCAAGGACAGCUGCUACAACAUGAUGCAGUGUGUCGCCUCGGGUCACGAGAUUGUAGCACUGGCAAAUCUGCGUCCCGCUAACACAGAUGAGUUGGACAGCUACAUGUACCAGACAGUGGGUCACCAGGCCAUAGACCUGUAUUCGGAGGCCAUGGAUCUGCCCCUGUACAGACACACCAUCCAGGGCUCAAGCCUGGCCAUCGGUAGGGACUACAGCCAGACAGAGGGAGAUGAAGUGGAGGACCUCUUUCAGCUGCUGCACCUGGUCAAGGAAAAAGAGGCUGUGGAGGCAGUGUCUGUAGGGGCCAUUCUGUCCGACUACCAGAGGGUCCGUGUGGAAAAUGUGUGUCUGCGUCUGGGCCUGACGCCCCUGGCCUACCUGUGGCGCCGCGACCAGGACUCUCUGCUGUCCGACAUGAUCUCCACCGGCCUCCACGCCAUUCUCAUCAAAGUUGCCGCGUUCGGCCUGGAUCCAGACAAACACUUGGGGAAACCGUUGGCAGACAUGCAGCCUUAUCUGAGACAGCUAUCCGAAAAAUAUGGCGUCCAUAUAUGUGGUGAAGGUGGAGAGUAUGAGACCUUCACCCUUGACUGUCCUCUUUUCAAGAAGAAAAUAGUGAUCGAUGCGAUGGAGACAGUCAUCCACUCGGCAGAUGCCUUCGCUCCGGUCGGCUACCUGCGCUUCACCCAGAUGCACGUCGAGAACAAACACGCCGUGAGUUCCCCACUUCUGAGAGACAAGACACACAGCCAGGAUCACAACUUGCUGUGCACACAACAGCGUUGUUCAGUGCCAGUCGAUGUGCAACUAUUCAUUCUGCAUCUAGAACAUGCAAUGUCAUGUUCUAUCUUUUUGUGGGCCCAAGCUGAGAUGGACACCCAGGGCUGGCAGAUGAAUCACAUAGUCCUGGUUCACCUGUAUGUUCGAGACAUGGAGGACUUUGCAGCUCUCAACACCGUAUACAAGAAGCACUUUGGCGUCAACCCGCCAUCCAGGGUGUGUGUCCAGCCCCUGGCCGGCGCACAGCUGCUCCAGAUGGACUGUCUCCUCCACCACUGCAGCCAACCCUUAGAGGACGGCUUCCUCAUCCAGAGAGAGGCCCUCCAUGUCCAGAGCCUGUCCCACUGGGCUCCAGCCAACAUCGGGCCGUACAGCCAGGCCCUGAGGGUGGGCGACUGUGUGUUCUGCGCGGGUCAGAUCGCUCUGGUUCCCUGCACCAUGGAGCUGGUGAAGGCAGGCCCCAGGGCCCAGGCCCGAAUGGCCUUCAGCCACAUGAGGAAGGUGCUGGAGGCCGUCACCAGCGGCCUCACCCUGGGACACGUCCUCCAAGCCCACUGCUACGUCACCAAGCGCCGAGACGUCAAAACGGUGCGGGACGUCUGGGACGACCUGCUACGGACUGCAGAAAAGGAGGAUCUUCUGAGCGAGCAACAUGGUGGCCGCUUAUUGGUUGCCGUGGUGCCCGCCCUUCCCAGGGGAGCAGCCGUCGAGCUCCACGCCACCGCCGUCCGGGGCAACCCCGCGGGGGACAGGACUUCCUGUCAGCUGACCUCCAAGGUGGCGUGCAUGUCGAUAGAGAGCCACGCGGUGGUGUCUGGCGAUAAACAGAACGCCACCCUCUCCCUGUCAGUUUUCCCGACCGUGCCGGGUCCCGAGGCCGCCGGGCCCCAGGCCGCCGGGGCCCUACUGGAGGCUGUCGGGGCCACCCUCGGAGACGCCCUGAAGAAGUUGACGGCCGAUGGGCUCGUGGCGCUCUGUGCCAGGCUCUUCUACACACAUGACCACCCUCUGGCCAAUCAGGUUGCUGCAGGUCUCGGUGACUGUUUAAGAACCUCUCUCGACCAGUCCAGUCCAGCGCUUGCCUUGGUUCCAGUUCUGGACUUGUCCGACUCCAGGAUCCUCCAUCUGUCCUGCUGGCUUAGUGCGUAGCCGGAGAGGCCCUCUUCAGCCAGGCCACGGAUCUUUACUGCUCAACCAAAUAAUCGGAUUUCCUUGAUGCCUUCUAACCAAACACACGCAAAUGUGGAGGAAAUGCUCAAGAAGCUCCAUGAUAUGGAUUAUUAAUCAUUUUGCUGGACGGUUGGCAUGCACAUAUGUGUACAUGCCCCAGUGGUACUUAUGAUGUGUGUGUAUCAGUAUGUGUUCGCUGCAGUGCCUGUCUGGGCAGCUAUGGCAGGAAUUCAACCGCUGCUCCAGCAGAGGUCCCUAAUGCUGCAGCUGUUACUGCCGGGGGAGUAACAGCUCCGGGGGGGGGGGGGGGGGGGGAGCUUAUAGGAUCUAAAACAAAGAGAGAUACCUGCAUUGUCCCAAAAAGACUGCAUUAAAAUGUCUAUUCCUGAACACCCCUGCUGUGUCUGUUACACUCUUUUAACUCACCGCCUCUGCCCCCCCCCCUCUCCCCCUCCUCUCAACCCUUCCGCCCUCAUAAAGGCCCGACACCAUCUGGUCACCGAGAGGUAAAUCUAUAGGUUUACUCGUUGACUGAUGGUGGUUGGGUGCGUGGAGGGGGGGGGGGGGGGGGGGGGGGGGGAUAUGUUGACUGUCCCUCCCUGUCGUGCUCCACAGGACCUGGGUGUGUCAUUAUCGCGUAAUAGGCAAUCAACACGGAGCACCUGAAAAGAUUAAACGUCUUUAUGCUCGCCAUCGAUUCUCGGGGGCUAGGUCGGUUAAUGGUAGAGGGUGGCCACCACAUACAGCUGCAGGGAAAGGGUGUGUGUGUGUGUCCGUGUGUGUGUAUGGUUGCGUGAGACUGAUAGGGGGGUGUGUUUGUAUUGACAUGGCGUGAGGGAGAAAACAACACUAUUAGCCAUUGCUCCUGGAGUAUUUCUGCUUUCAAAGAUCAUGAAUGGUAUUGACGAGGUGAAUUGGCGUGCAUCUUCUCCACCCAGCCACGCCCCGUUAUUCUGGUCAUUGUGCUUCUGAAAGCAGCAACAGAGUGCUCUAUUGAUCUGUACCCGACUUGAUGUGUUUACAUUGUUGCUAUCAAAGAAGGUUACAAUAGAUGGAGGCUCGCAAGCCAGAGCAAAUGGAUUUUUAUCCAGGGUUGAAAAGGGUAGCAAUGUGCUGUUUAUGUAUCGAACUAGUUCAACCUUAAAUGUAUGUGGCAUGUACUAAUGUUUGUACAUUUGGCUUUGAAGGACCUGAAUGUUGGAAAUUGCCCUUAUGACCUGCUGGCUUUGGUCCAUAUUUUUUUUUUUGGACUAGUUAUUUAUAUGCCGCCUUUAUUAUAACAGUGCUACACAUAAUAUCUGAGAUGUGGCAGCCAGGAACAAAAACAUAAAAUGUGUCGGUUUUGUUAACACAUUGACUACUCAGAGACAAGGAGUUGCCUUUUCAGUUUUUUUCCUAAAUGAAUGAAGACAAGGUGACAUUUAGCUCUUGUUUUGUGUUUGUACAAUGUACAGUUUAUUCCAUGUUGACCUGAAACCGCUGUAUGCACAGCGUUAGCGGUCGUGGCUAACAUUGUCCCUUUGUGCAUGCAGUCCUUGUCACCUCCCCGCGGCCCUUGUCAUUGUGGCCUGGCACAUGGACCUCAACUGAGUGUGUCCUCCUCUGGGGCAACCCAGGCUGAUGUCUGUGACUCCCUGUCCCUCUGGCAGUAGACUCAUGGGAGAAGCCAUACAGUCACUUUGUGCAGAGGUCUCCCAGGUCCAGACUCUUUUUGACAUUGCUAUGUAUUGUGUGCGGGUUUGUGUACUACUGUGUAGUUUUAUGAAAGCCUGUAGUAAUUUGUCUCCCUCUCCUCGCUAUUGUGUGGUGUUUGUUGCCCCCCUGUGGUCAAUUUAAUUUCUACAAUUUAGUUUCCGUCUGAUCCUUCUCGAGUUGUCCUUCUUUUGUUGCAUAUAUACGAAAGUAUAGUUUAAAAAUGUUUUUACGAUUCUUUAAAUAUGUAUCUUAGAUAUGUUUUAUGUAUUUGGUGGUAUUAUCAAUCAUCUUGAUAUGAACCGAAAGGAGAAGCCUACAAUCUCUUACAUUAUUAUUGUGCUGUAGUAAACAUCUCAAAAUACAAACGUUUUUCUUUCUAACGAAUGGAUUUAUUAAAAUCAAUUUAUUUUAUCUUUCUUCUUUGUGGUAAGAAAUGUUGCUCAAUGUGGAACUAAACUAACCUGGGUACUGAAUAUAUUGUUUCCGACCGUGUUGUUCUAGAGGCGUACGUGAGAGAUGUUGUACUUCGCAGUCAAGCUAUCGCAAAGCUACAGCGACAAUAUUGAAAACCACAGUGGCAUGAUUAUGUUAUAACAAACAGCGAAACUCGAUGAUCAUUUAAAAUGCAUGCUGUCAUUCAUAAAAGGCAGUAAAGGUCUGAUGAGAUUAUCACAAACAAGAGGAAAAAACAAGAAUAACAGACAUGCAUCGGUGCCCGGUUUGUCUGAAAUAUUUCCCUUCUCCUUCUAAACUCCAGAGACAUAGUUUCAUCCACACUGGCCUGAAACCUUACUGUUGCACGGACUGUGAGAAAUCAUUCAAUCAGCCUGUCCAUUUAAAAAGACAUUUGCAGAAGUGGCAUCAACAUCCUUCUACAGAAACCUUGAAGGACAACAUAUUUGCUAAGGACAUACCUUUUCUACCAUCAAACCACAUUGACCAAAUAAGCCUAGAUGGUGGUACUGAAAAAGUAUUGUCAUCUGCUCAAUCUGUUGUAUCACCCCAGACCAAACAAAAAAGUGAUACUCUACCAACGGAGGUGUGUAUUUCGUCUUCAGAUAGUGAAGGUGAAACAGAAUCCCCCCAACAAGUCAACGACAACUUAACACAUUGGAACCAUAUUGCAAUUGAUGGAUCAUCACACUCGCAAGCUCAAUAUGCAGUUAAUUUUGCUUCAGAUGAGGAUUUAUUCUAUGUCCAACAGGAGAAGGCCUGCAAAGUGUGCUUCAGAACAUUUAGUUCAGCACAUCAACUUCAGAUUCAUUUGGCAGUUCAUAACAAACAUAAACAUUUGGAUGAUGGAUGCAAAGCAACUAAAAGCCACCAAUGUCCCACCUGCCUUAAAGGAUUUUGUGCACCUUCCAAGCUACAGCGCCAUUUUUUGAUUCAUACUGGCCUGAAACCUUUUUCCUGCAUGCAGUGUGGGAAAACAUUUCGGCAAGAAACUCACUUGAAAUCCCAUCUUUACGCAGCGCAUAGAACAGCGUCACCACUGAAAGAACCGGAGGUCGAUCUAGGAAGUGUGAGAGACAACGAUAGGGGUGCACUGUUUUGUCAUGAACUUCCAGCUUCUCAGUCCCAGUCCUCUCUACACUCCUCCCGUCCCCAGGAGGUAAAUCGGUCGGUGGAACUUGAGUUACAGUGUAAAAUAAGCUUAAGUUCCCCCAAAGACCAGGACAACUCAAAACAAGGAAAAUGUGGAACAAUUGCUACUCCUGCACCAAGUGUGAACGAUGGUGGGAAAAACCACCAAAAUAUUGACUCAGACAUGCAGAGUGAAUCAGUUGGAUGUGAACAGGUUCAAAUCAAUAAUGGCCGUAAAGUUGUAAAGCCUUUUCACUGUACUUUCUGCAAUAGAUCCUUUCGCCUGGAGCUGAAUCUACUACGACAUUGGUACACGCAGCACAGGAAACAAAACAGAUUCCAGAGCUGCGAUUUAGUGUAUGGAAACACAAACAGCACUGCAUUACUAUCAGCGGACCCAAUAACCCUUAAUUCUGAAGAAGUGACAUCACGAGAACACUGCAUCACAGAUGGUUGUGAUCCUGACGUUGUUGUUAAAGAUGAGACAUGGAGUGAGGAUAUUAAGGAUUUCUUUCCAACGGAUAAUACCACAGCACCAGACCAGCACAGUGAAACACUGCAAGCCCCAAGCCACAGUCCGGGAAUAAUGAGUGGAAAAAUUAUACACCAGUGUAAUUUAUGCUCCAAAACAUUUCCAGCCUCAUCAAAACUUCAGAGGCACAUGAUGUCUCAUACGGACCAAAGACCCUUCCGGUGUCAAAUGUGUGAAAAGAGUUUCCGUCAGAAAACACACUUACGAGUCCACUCUCGUACGCACCUGUGGUCCAAAUAUCACAGACAACGGUCUUUUUAUAUUAGUAGGCCGCCGUCGCGCACGGCUGGAUACAGCACAAAGCCUGCAGUGGAUGUCCUGUUCCCAAAAACAUGUGUACAAAUUGAGGCUUUUGACAAGAAAUCUAUGACACAUGCAUUUCCCAAAGUAAACCGUAUUCAGACUCUGGCUUUACCAAAUGUGGAAAAUUCCAGUAGAGAUCUUAUGCCAAGUACAUCCUAUACAUCCUAUUCAACAGUCAACGCAACUGUAACUUCUAAAGGACUUCUGAAAAAGGCACAUACUUAUAAAUGUGCACGCAUAAGAAAUGGCUCCCAGCACAGAUGUCUACUUUGUUUAAAAUGUUUUCCCUCCCCCUCCAAACUUAGAAGGCACGAGAUGGUACACACUGGCUUGAAACCAUUCCAGUGUCUAGUGUGUGGUAAAAGAUUUCGCCAGUCUCCACAUCUGAAAGUCCAUGAGAGAACUCAUUCUGAGGAGAGGGUGGCCAUGCCUGUUCCACAACCCGAUGGAAACGGUCAAGAGCCUUCUAGUGGAGAUUACAAUCAUGAAGAUUACACUACAAGCAGUCAUGUGCAGUUUAAAAAGAAAAUCAAGGGAUUCAUGCCCAAACAUGGCACCUAUUCUGAGUUUAUUGAAACUCCUGAAGAGGAAAUGAGAAAGGGUCAACCACUUUAUGACAGUGGCACUGACUUUUUAUCCAAUGGUCUGACUCCAUCGUUUAAAAUAACAGACACAAACUGGCAGCCAAAGUCGGAAGUAGACAGACUUGAAGAAGACGUGGAUUUGGAGGGUGUGCAGAAGGAAACCUGUAAUGACCUUGUCAACACAUUUCCCUUUGAACUUGCCCCUGGCAUUCAAAAACUGGUUCAAAACGAGGGAGCGAUUCGCCCAUCUUCACUGCAGCCAGAGAUGGGGGCGAACACACAACCUUUUAGUACAGAGAAACUCUUUCAAUCCAGCAGUUUUGCUAAUUCUGAUGAUCAUGUAGAUGCACACAUUGUGGGAACCGAAGGCUUGAUGGCUGAGAAACAACCCUGGGAGGAAGCAGAAAUUACAAACAAUUACUGGUGCGCCCCUGUGAACACUUUGGAAUGUAAAAAAUGUGCAAUAACUUUUGAAACGCAGCAGGAUUUUCAGUGCCAUGCAUGUGACAGAAACGGCCAAUCAGAAACCAAUCAGCUGGCCCGAAAAUAUCGCUGUGAUGUUUGCUUGAAGGGUUUUGCCUCUCCCUCUAAACUUGAGAGACAUUAUAUAAUUCACACUGGUCAGAGGCCGUUCCGUUGUGAGAUUUGUAGUAAAACUUUCACACAAUCAUCACACCUUAGAACACACCAAAAAUCUCAUCAAUUAUGAAUAUAGGCCUGAUAUUAUGGUUGAUGCAUUUUGGCUGUGGUACGGACAUGGUUUGGAGCAACGUUUGUGAUGUACAUGUAAUAGUAUGUGUUUUAAUGAUUGCUGGUUAUCUUUACAAAUUGUACAGGUUUUUUUUCUGGUCCUCUAUAUAUGAUGGUUUUAUGCAUUGUUUUUAUGUAUUGUUUUUAUUGAUUCAAUGAUUUUUUUUGAGUGUUUUUUCCAUUUGAGUAUGAAUAAAAUGUCCUCAAUCAAAUCUA